GGGAAAGGUUUCAGUAAGAAUUCCAACCUGGUGAACCAUCAGAGGACUCACACAGGAGAGAAACCCUUUGAAUGUCCUGUUUGUGGGAAAGGUUUCAGUAAGAAUUCCAACCUGGUGAACCAUCAGAGGACUCACACAGGAGAGAAACCCUUUGAAUGUCCUGAUUGUGGGAAAGGUUUCAGUAAGAAUUCCAACUUGGUGCGCCAUCAGAGGACUCACACAGGAGAGAAACCCUUUGAAUGUCCUAUUUGUGGGAAAAGUUUCAGUCAGAAUUCCAACCUGGUGAAACAUCAAAGGACUCACACAGGAGAGAAACCCUUUAAAUGUCCUGUUUGCGGGAAAUGUUUCAGUCAGAAUUCCAGCCUGGUGAGCCAUCAGAGGACUCAUACAGGAGAGAAACCAUUUGAAUGUCCUAUUUGUGGGAAAGGUUUCAGUCACAAUUCUGUCCUGGUGAACCAUCAGAGGACUCAUUCAGGAGAAAAACCCAUUGAAUGUCCUAUUUGCGGGAAACAUUUCAGUCAGAAUUCCAGCCUGCUGAGCCAUCAGAGGAUUCACACAGGAGAGAAACCCUUUGAAUGUCCUGUUUGCAGGAAACAUUUGAGUCAGAAUUCAAGCCUGGUGAGUCAUCAGAGGAUUCAGGAGAGAAACAGGAAGAUUCACACAGGAGAGAAA